AUAAAAAGAAAAUAUAUCACCAAUCAAAAAGUGAAUUAUAAGGCCCUCAGCUCACAUCAUCAUCGAGGCCACACAAGACACUGCGUUUCCUUUUGCUGGACUCCAGAGGGCAACGAUUCCAUAACCUCUGCUGAGGCGUUCAGUCCAUUGAUCUUGCUGGGAAGCCUCUUAGAAGCUGGCAAAGAAGGUAGAAAAAUGGUUGCCUGGGCUCACCUACUGUGAAGGCUUAGAAUCAGACAACUACAGUUUUGAAUUUCUGAAGCCUUUCAGGAUGUAAAUGCAGUCUGACCUUUCCCUGGUGGACAGUUAAAUCAUGGACACGCUAAACAACUUACUUUGGACUGUCCUUCUAAAGGAUGCUUUGGCCUCUCUCCUGAAUGCUCACUAAGCAUUUGUAGCUGACAAGGAAAAGAAAGAAAACUGUGACCUGGGAAGUUAUCUUACAAUGAAAAUUACGAGCACAUCUUGCAUCUGUCCAGUCCUCGUGUGUCUCUGUUUUGUGCAGAGGUGUUAUGGAACUGCCCACCACAGCUCCAUCAAGGUGACCCGAAACCAAACCAAGCACAUUGAAGGAGAAACCGAAGUCCACCAUCGUCCCAAGAGGGGAUGGGUUUGGAAUCAGUUCUUUGUUUUAGAAGAACAUAUGGGACCCGAUCCACAGUAUGUUGGAAAGCUGCACUCCAAUUCUGACAAAGGUGAUGGGUCUGUCAAGUACAUCCUUACUGGAGAAGGUGCUGGGACCAUAUUUAUCAUUGAUGAUACCACGGGUGACAUCCACUCAACAAAAAGCCUAGACAGAGAGCAGAAAACCCACUAUGUGCUCCAUGCCCAGGCCAUUGACAGACGGACAAACAAGCCUCUUGAACCGGAGUCCGAAUUUAUCAUCAAAGUGCAGGACAUCAAUGACAAUGCUCCAAAGUUCACAGAUGGACCGUAUAUUGUUACUGUGCCUGAAAUGUCAGAUAUGGGUACCUCUGUUCUACAGGUGACAGCCACUGAUGCAGAUGAUCCUACCUAUGGGAACAGCGCUCGGGUGGUUUACAGUAUUCUACAGGGACAACCCUACUUCUCCGUAGAUCCUAAAACAGGAGUUAUUAGAACUGCCUUACAUAACAUGGACAGAGAAGCCAGAGAGCACUACUCAGUGGUCAUUCAAGCCAAAGACAUGGCUGGGCAAGUCGGAGGGCUUUCGGGAUCAACAACGGUCAACAUCACCCUGACCGACGUCAAUGACAACCCCCCACGGUUUCCUCAGAAGCACUAUCAACUGUAUGUUCCUGAGUCAGCCCAAGUUGGUUCAGCUGUUGGGAAAAUCAAGGCAAAUGACGCAGAUACUGGUUCAAACGCUGACAUGACAUACUCCAUCAUUAACGGUGAUGGUAUUGGGAUAUUCUCCAUCUCCACAGACAAAGAGACCAGAGAAGGGAUCCUUUCCUUAAAGAAGCCACUGAACUAUGAGAAAAAGAAAUCCUACACCCUCAACAUAGAAGGAGCCAAUACACACCUUGAUUUCCGCUUCUCUCACUUGGGUCCUUUUAAAGAUGCUACCAUGCUGAAGAUCAUUGUUGGGGAUGUAGAUGAGCCACCCCUGUUUUCCAUGCCCUCCUAUGUCAUGGAAGUCUAUGAAAAUGCCAAGGUUGGAACUCCUGUGGGCACAGUUUUGGCACAAGACCCCGACAGUGCUAAUAGCUUAGUAAGAUACUUCAUUGACUACAAUGCUGAAGAUGACAGAUUUUUCAAUAUUGAUGCCAACACUGGAUCUAUUAAGACUACAAAGGUUCUUGAUAGAGAAGAAACUCCGUGGUACAACAUCACAGUUGCUGCUUCAGAAAAUGACAAUCCUGGUUUGCUGAGCCAUGUCACAGUGGGUAUUAGAGUUCUGGAUGUCAAUGACAAUCCACCUGAACUUGCCAGGGAAUAUGAUAUUGUUGUCUGUGAAAAUUCGAAGCCUGGUCAGGUUAUUCAUACCAUCAGUGCUACUGAUAAAGAUGACUUUGCCAAUGGGCCAAGGUUUAACUUCUUUCUUGAUGAACACCUGUCUAUAAACCCAAACUUCACCCUGAAGGACAACGAAGAUAACACAGCCAGCAUUCUGACCAGGCGGAGGCGAUUUAGUCGAACUAUUCAGGAUGUGUAUUAUCUGCCCAUUAUGAUCUCUGACGGUGGAAUCCCCUCUCUCAGCAGCAGCAGCACCCUCACCAUCAGGGUUUGUGCGUGCGAGAGAGAUGGGCGCGUGCGGACCUGCCACGCCGAAGCGUUCCUGUCCUCGGCUGGCUUGAGCACAGGAGCCUUAAUCGCUAUUCUUCUGUGUGUGGUCAUUCUCCUGGCGAUUGUAGUACUUUUUGUCACCCUGAGGCGCAGCCGAAAAGAGCCCCUGAUCAUCUCAGAGGAAGACGUGCGGGAGAAUGUGGUCACCUAUGAUGACGAAGGGGGCGGGGAGGAAGACACCGAGGCCUUUGACAUCAGCGCCCUGAGGAAUCCAUCUGCGGCCGAGCAGCUCAAGUACCGGAGAGAUAUCAGACCUGACGUGCAGCUCACCCCCCGGCCCCAGGCACUGUCCACCCUGGAAAGUAUCGACGUCCAGGAAUUUAUUAAGCAGAGACUGGCAGAAGCUGACCUAGAUCCCAGCGUCCCCCCUUAUGACUCUCUUCAGACUUAUGCCUACGAGGGUCAGAGAUCGGAGGCUGGGUCUAUCAGCUCCCUGGACUCAGCCACCACACAGUCAGACCAGGAUUAUCACUACCUUGGGGACUGGGGACCAGAGUUUAAAAAGUUAGCUGAACUCUAUGGAGAAAUAGAAUCUGAAAGAACAACUUAGGGGGUCAGUUCUCGCAACAUUCUAGAAUCUGCUUCCUGAGCAAGUGAAGACAUAACCUCAGCCAUGACCAGGGAGAAGCGUGGGAACAGUACUUGGAACUGAGCAAGCUGUGCACAGCCACUGUAGAAACAAGUGCCCUUUCAUGAUCGAAACUGGGUUGUUUAAUUGGAAGGAAGUCAAACUAAACAAAAACAAAACACAAACAAACAGAGAAAAAGCUGUUGUUCCUUGUGUAUAUUUUCAAUUGCUCAAUAAAGUCUGUGGUACUGUUUAAUUAAGAAUACCUGGAUUCAGCCAAACAAUCAUAUUUAUUUCAAUAUUUUGUGAUUUUUUUUUUUUUUUUCCAAAAGCAAAACUUAAUAGGAAGGUUCAAAAUCACUUAUGACUGAUUUCUAGGGGUGGUGCACUGUGGAAUUAAAAAUCACAACUUCUGUGUCCACUUUUCUGGGUGGACUCUUGAGACCCACACUCUGUUGUUGUGACAGAUCUCAGUAGCUUUGUCUUAUUUUAAAUGACGUGAGAGAUAUCCAGUCUACCAGGCCACUCUGUCAUGGACUUGUAUGUACCACUUUCCUUUGCCCUCCCCACUUCUUCUCUCCAUAGGAAACUGAUGGAGCAUGGGGAUUUGCUGCUUGCACUAUAAUGUAUGCAAUUUCUGUGCACUGAUUGUGCGCUGCUCUGAAGCACAGAGACUCUCUCUGUCCCACGGGCCCCCUUUUAUUUUAACAGAAAUAAAAACACUUUUUAUUAAA